AUGCAAAAAGCUUUGGUACAGCGAAGAGCCAGUCGGCUGCCAUACGCGCCUCAAUGGAGCCCUGAUGUAUCGUCACGGCACUCAUUCCUCUCCCUAUUCAUCGGCACCUACUCAUCUGCAUUCGAUAUCUUGCCAGCGCUCCUAGCAGAUUCUGUUCCCGAUGGAUCCCUGCAAUUGUCUGUCGACGCUGCCAGCCUGGCUUUUAUGGCAUUCCAGUUAAAUCGUUUUGAUUUAAUACCUUUGGCAAACAAAUAUUACUUCAGAGCCAUACGAAGCCUUGCCAUGGCCGUGCAAUCCUCGAUUCAACCGACUAGUAACGCACCCUCUCAGUCACUCAGCGCCAUGGCCCUUCAAUCUGUGCUCCUCCUGGACUUUUACGACAAGAUGGCUUUCCAACAUUACCAACCAUCAGAGGCCCCUGGCCUUCUGCAAAUCCAUGCCAAGGGUUCGCUCUCUAUUCUUAGGUCUCUCCCCAAAGGCGAGCUUCGAAAUCCGGCGACACUACAGCUUGCUACUCAGAGUAUCCUUGUCACGAUCCUAAGCUGCGGCGCUGAUGCAACAGACUUUCCAGAACACUUGAUAGGACUAUACAAUGAGUUAGGCAGCUACAUACAGAGUGACCGAUGGCACUUGAUCGGUCACUAUAUCCGUCUUGUCAAUAUCCAUAUCAACGUACGUAACGGCAAAAUGGGCCUGAGCGAUGCAUUAAAGCGCGCAAGAGAGUAUUCCCUUGAUAUAGUUGAAGAGGAAAACAAGAUGUCACGCUUGUGGCGGCCAUACCGGAGGGACACAUGUGAAGCUAGAGCCUUUGACUCCCAUUACGACGCCUAUCCGAACCACAAGGUGGCCCAAGCUUUGAACAAAUAUCGUAUCAUGCGUCUUGGUGUGGCGAGCUUCGUUCACAGGCUCACAGGCAGUGUUGAGGUUGCUGAGGACGUCGAACAGCUGGUCCGGACAAUCUGCGCUUCUGUUCCUCAAAUUAUACUUCCUGAGGCCAGACCCCAAAAUACACUUCCUUUCUCACCGUUGCAGAUACUCGAGUGCUCAGCUGUGUUAUCGCCGUUAUACUUGUGUGCCAGACACACCCGAGACCCUGCAAUGCGCGCCUGGAUUCUACAGACGUUAGAGUAUAUGGCUGAUAAUGGUGUGAAGAUGGCCCAAACCUUGGCUAAUAUUAUCGAGUCCCCAUUAAAACCAGAGAUCUGGGACUGGUUUAGGAUGGUUGGUAGUUAUACUUGUUCUGCUUUGUAA